AUGUACAUGGUUUGUGUGUGGGGCUCGUGGCUACUCGGUGAAGGGCUCGUGGGCUGUGACAUCGUAGAGGGAGGCGUGAAUAUCGGAUCUGUCUUUUAUGAAAAUCGUCUGUUCGUUUUGUGUGCGGGCAACCGUGUUGUCUGGCGACGUCGUGCGCGCGGGAACGCGGGGCGGCGUUCAUACGACACAGUACACCUCUCUCUGUUGACACUUACUUGGCAAGCUAGCCAGCAGCCGUCAACACCGCUAAUCAAGUCACCCGUCGCUGGUCAAGUCACCCGUUGUUGGUCAAGUCACCCGUCGUUGGUCAAGUCACCCGUCGUUGGUCAAGUCACCCGCCGUUGGUCGAAAUUUGAUUUUUAUUUUCCGAUGGUACGUGCGGUUCGAAGCGAAGAAAACUCACAGCAAUCGGCGGAAGCGGCUCUCGCGGUGUUAUGCAUUCGUGCCCCACACACCCGGAUGACGCUGCUUGUCCGCGACGAUCAGGACUUAGAAGACUUCUUUUUAGCUGCAUGGAGCCCCUCGGUCUUUGGGGUCGCGGCAGCCCCGGCUGAUGAACUCGUGCAGCCAGACGCAAUUCUAAGCAUAGGCCAGAUAGCGUGGUCCAAAGGAAUGAAGGACACCGUCUCCAAAGUCAGCGAAGCAGAAAGAGAAACUGCCCGUGGGGCCGCGUACGCUCUUUAUGAAACCAAGCACAUGAACAUUCCCAGUACGUUCGAGGUAACUAAUGGUGACGGCAAGCGGCUCUGUUCUCUUGGAGGCACUUUCGUGUCUGAUGACUGCUUCAGAGUCGAACUCAGGUUUAGCACUCGGUAG